CGGGUCGGGACAUAUGUUGACCCGGCUCGCCCUUUAAAAUCCCCUUCAAAUAACUUUCUCCUUCAUUUGGUCUCCUACAUUUUACCCAACACAUUAAUCCCCUCGAAAACUCCAUUUUCGUUUGGUGUAUACACACAGAUAGAAACACAUAUUUAAUCGGAGCCAAUUGGAACGGAAUUUAUCUUUUAAGCGAGUUCAGUAUCGACGAUGUCGUCGCCUUUGUCGUCAAAUCCGGCGGUAAAUUCCGAUCGAUCGCCCGCGAGGAGAAGAAAGCGGAAGAAAAUGCACAGUCAGAGCCAAAACCAAUCGGAAAUUAAUCUCGAGGGGAAUCCACGGGUAGAAUGGAAAUCGGACGCGCAACAGCAAAUCUACUCGGCGAAGCUCCGCCGCGCACUGCAGCAGGUCCGGCGAGGCGGCGGGACACCGCUAUCCGCCUCGCGGCGGGUGCACGAGGCGGCGGAUCGGGUCCUGGCGGCGACCGCGAGGGGCCGGUCGAGGUGGAGCCGGGCGGUACUCACCAGCCGGCUAAAGGUGAAGUUCGCGAAGAAGAUCAGCGCGGAGAAGCGGCGGCGCAAGGUGAUGACGGUGAUCACCGGCGGCGGGGAUGGCCGCGCCGGACAGAGGAAAUCAAAGGUGAGCGUCUCGCGGCUUAGUUCCAAGGGACUUCCGGCGUUUCAGAGGAAAGCCGGGAUCCUCGGCCGGUUGGUCCCCGGUUGCCGGAAACAGCCGCUGCCGGUGGUUUUGGAGGAGGCGGCUGAUUACAUAGCCGCGCUUGAGAUGCAGAUAUGA